UUUAUUAGGUUAACACUCUGUGUCAAUUUUCAUCUAAGAUUCUUAGCCUAAAACCUCAAAGCCUGUGAUUUUUAGUAAUUAUUUAAACAAAAGUUUAGAAACAAUCACAAUGUCCGAUCCGGAAGAUGAUUUCAUGUGUGAAGACGAAGAGGAUUAUGGACUGGAAUAUUCAGAAGAUAGUAAUUCCGAACCAGAUGUAGAUUUAGAAAACCAAUAUUAUAAUAGCAAAUCUUUGAAGGAAGAGGAACCAAAUGCAGCACUUCUUUCUUUUCAGAAAGUUUUGGAUCUGGAAAGUGGAGAAAAAGGAGAAUGGGGCUUCAAAGCUCUCAAACAAAUGAUCAAAAUCAACUUUAAAUUAGGAAAUUUUGAGCAGAUGAUGGCCCGGUAUAAACAACUUUUAACAUAUAUUAAGAGUGCAGUGACACGAAAUCAUAGUGAAAAAUCGAUAAAUUCUAUUCUUGACUAUAUUUCAACAUCCAAAAAUAUGGAACUACUGCAAGAUUUCUACGAGACAACUUUAGAAGCAUUGAAAGAUGCCAAAAAUGAUAGACUGUGGUUCAAAACGAAUACCAAAUUAGGAAAAUUAUAUUAUGAUAGAGGAGAUUUUAAUAAGUUAGCCAAAAUACUGAAGCAAUUACACCAGUCUUGUCAAACUGAUGAUGGUGAAGAUGAUUUGAAAAAGGGCACCCAGUUGUUGGAAAUUUAUGCUCUAGAAAUUCAGAUGUAUACUGCCCAAAAAAAUAACAAGAAAUUGAAAGCAUUAUACGAACAAUCGUUGCAUAUUAAGUCGGCUAUUCCUCAUCCAUUGAUAAUGGGAGUUAUAAGAGAAUGUGGUGGUAAGAUGCACUUGCGCGAACAAGAGUUUGAGAAAGCUCAUACAGAUUUCUUCGAGGCCUUCAAAAAUUAUGAUGAAUCUGGUAGUCCACGACGCACCACCUGCCUCAAGUAUUUAGUAUUAGCAAAUAUGUUGAUGAAAUCUGGUAUUAAUCCAUUUGAUUCUCAAGAAGCUAAGCCUUACAAAAAUGAUCCAGAAAUUUUAGCAAUGACAAAUCUGGUCAAUGCAUACCAAACGAAUGAUAUAAAUGACUUUGAGAGCAUAUUGAAAUUGAAUAGGCAGAAUAUAAUGGAUGACCCAUUUAUAAGGGAACAUAUUGAAGAUCUGCUACGUAAUAUAAGAACACAAGUACUUAUAAAGCUCAUCAAGCCGUAUACUAGGAUAAGAAUACCUUUUAUAUCGAGAGAACUAAACAUUGAUGUUACCGAAGUGGAGAACCUUCUAGUAUCUUGUAUUCUGGAUAAUACAAUUCAGGGAAGAAUGGAUCAAGUGAAUUCAGUGUUACUUCUAGACCGUACUAGCGUGAAUUCGGCAAGAUAUAGUGCAUUAGAUAGAUGGACAAACCAAUUGAACACAUUACACUCAUCAAUCAUCAACAAAAUGGCUUAGCUAUGUGAAUGUAUAUUUCAUAAUGUAGGCGCACUAUAUCUGAGAACGUUAUUUUUUGCGUAAUUAAGAACAAAGUUUAUUGAGUUUUUAUAUUUCUAAGAAUAUCUGAAAAUUUACCAUAUUGUUCAUUAAAAUGUGAUGAUGAAUAAUUUCCUCAACCUAUUUCUGUAGAGGUAAUGUUGCUUCAUUAUUACUACCUCUACGUAAUACUGUAAUAACAUUGGUUUUGAUCAUAAUCAAUAGGGUAAUCGAAAUAUUCUUGCUACCUUUGUUUUCUGUUGAUUUUUUUAUCAGUUUAGGUGCGAUUUCGGAAGAGUUUAGUUAUUCACAAUUGAUGAAAUUGAUUUGCUCAAUAUUUCAGAUAUUGUUAGUAAACAAGUUGUGUGGGAGUUUUAACAUAAUUUUGAAAUAUCUAUUGUCGAUAAAAACGAGGGGAAAAAUAACCUAGUAAUUAUACUUCAACUCAUUAGAUUUGUUCCUGCAUAGGUAUAAAGCAUCAAAAAAUUUUCUUUCUUAACCUUGAUGGAACAUAUCUACUAUUUAGCUAGCCUCAAAAAAACACUUUAAGCAAUCAAUACCCUCCAGAUGAUUUGAAAUUACGAUGUAUUGUUGAAAUAUUUCUCCUUAUUUCAUAGUACCAAUAUUCAGGAAUUUUGAUUCAUGUUUUAGUUCUGAUUAACACCUGUACUGUUUAUAAUAAAGUGAUCUGUAUUUUAUCAA